AUGAGGGCGGCGGAACAGGUAGUAGACGGUCCCGCGUGUGUUAGGGAGCAUAUCCUCUCGGGAUUGGGCAACCGCGCCGAUAACAUAAAUAGCAGGCACAACGGGCCAAAAAGCCGAAGCAUGAAAGGCAGCGCCACCCGGCCCCGUCGACCAGAAAAGAAGAAAAAACCGGGACCGCGAAGAGGCCGGAAAAGAGUAUCCGGGGCGAGACCGUCGCAGGAAUUAUCCAUUAGUGAAUACAGGAGGGGCCGGAGUGCCGAGUGGUCGCCCCGGGAAAUGAGGACAGAAAGAGACGCACACGUGAGUGGAGAAGGAAAAAAAGCCGGACCGAUAGACAGCGCGGGACAUAUUCGUGAACUCGGAGAAGAAGGGAGUGGACUACCUCGGCCAAGCGCGAAGCAACAAAGGACGACCUGGACGCCGCCACGUGAAAGAGACCUCCGCAGGAGAAUAAGCACUCGCGAGCGGAGCUGCUAUCUAUUCGGGCGACAAGGUUUCGUCGAUCUACAGAACCGCAAGAUAUACGAGACGCAGGCCUGCUCGGCGUUCGGGGCACCUCCGCGCGCUCCGCUGGGAAAACUCAGGAAAGGAUGUUGCGUGGAAAAUCCAGGUUCGGUCGUAGGAAAGCACCGACCAUGGCGUAGUGGAGCACUCCUCCCCUCCCAUCGGAGUUACCCAGCCCCUCGAGUUUGUUUGGGACUGGGGAUUGGAGUAUAUAGUUUGAAUACGCGGACCGCCAUGGAUCUCGAUGGACCCUCGCGCGUCCCCCAGGCCAAGCUGCGCGUCGUCCGCGAGGAGGAGGCGCGCAGGCGCGAGGACUGCCUCGCAGACCUCAAAGCCAGGACUGCCUCGCCGACCUCAAAGCCAGUGCCUGAGGGGAUGACGCGAUUGAACACAGGGAUGACGCGAUUGAACACAAUCGAAGUCCAUGUAAACUUGGUGAAAUCUCCUCUGGGCCUAAAUCCUUGUAAACAUCGCGUUGAGGAAGGAAGCUCGAACACACAGGAUCGCUGA